CGCGCCGCCCUGAUCCCCCGCCGCUAUAAAGCCCAGCCCCCCGCCAUCGCCUGCUCUGCUCCGCACCGCACUCACACACCAUGGGCAAGAUAAUCUUCUACGAGGACCGGGAAUACCAGGGCCGCCACUAUGAGUGCAGCAGUGACUGUGCCGAGAUGCACUCCCACCUGUCGCGCUGCAACUCCAUCCGGGUGGAGAGCGGCUGCUGGGUGGCCUACGAGAAGCCCAACUUCAUGGGCUACCAGUACAUGCUGCACAAGGGCGAGUACCCCGACUACCAGCGCUGGGCCGGCUUCAACGACUGCAUCCGCUCCUGCCGCAUGGUGCCUCCAUACCGUGGCAACUACCACAUCAAGCUGUUUGAGCGCUCCGACUUCGGCGGGCAGGGCAUGGACCUGAUGGAGGACUGCCCCGACCUGCGCGAGCGCCUGCCCAGCCGCAACGUGUCCUCGGUCAACGUGAUGGAGGGCUACUGGAUCCUGCACGAGCACCCCAACUACCGCGGGCGCCAGUACUUCCUGCGCCCCGGCGAGUACCGCCGCUUCCACGAGUGGGGCAGCGCCAGCCCGACCUUCGGCUCUCUGCGCCGCGUCACCGAGCAGAACUGAGCGCUCCGCUCGCCCGCCGCCACCGCAGCCGCCAUCUGACCACCCCCGACCUCCGACCUCCACCCCCGACCCCCGACCCCCCUCUCCUGACCCCUGACCCCUGCAGUCCUCUCCACGGUCCGGUCCGCGGCCAGACCGACCAGGCGCCUUGGGCCCUGACGUGAGGUUGUUGAUGCCUUGUUGAUUUUGGCCUCAGGGGGGUAGUCACGGCAACCCGCAGGUCUCCCCAGCGACGGCCGCGCUGUUUUCCUUGUGUGUUAACUAAACUAACUGUGAACGCUGUGCACUUGUGUCUCUAGUCCCCAUGCCCUCUCCUAAAGAAAUGGUUUAAAAAAAAAGUCAAUAAAGCGACCUUAAAGUCUU